AAAACGUACUAGGCCUACACAUGCGCCCAUGCACUUUAUUACACAUGAGAUACUGCGUAGAUUUAAAUGUUGCUUAACUAAUUUGUAGGCUAUUAUGCAACUGCAGAACUGCAGCAGCACUGAAAUUGGCCACAUGCAACUCAAAUGGUCAAGGCCGCAUUUCCCAAAAACCUAGUUAAAACUAAGUUAGCAACUUUGUUGGUUGCAAAGCCAUUUCCCAUUGCAAACCAACUAACUAACAGGUUAGCAAUGGUUUUGGGAAACGCACGAUUCGUUCCCAUUUGGAUCAUCUCCCUCUUGUGGCGAAAUUGUAAAAAUGCAACCUGUAGGCCAGGCCCAGGAAGGCUCAUCAGACACAGAUGUGUUUAGAGAGAACGUGACGCGAUACCUACUGUCUAUGCGCGAUAUUCACAGACUGCAUCAAAAGUUUGAAGCUUAGAUCCAUGUCAGUUUGCUAGAAUAGAAACGACACAUUGGCAGGAACCAGACUAUAUAGCCUACAGUCUAUGGCAGGAACACAUGGAGAGGAUGCAGUGAUUUUAAUAAUAAAAAAUUAUUUUUAAAGUAGGGCAGGGUAAUGGAUAAAUCACGUAAAGCCAUUACAAAAUAUCACAGUGGUGGCAUAGGCUACAAUGUUUCGUGUGUAGUCACAGCUGCACGGAAGUUACGUUUGAAUAUUUUUGAUGCGGCGUCAGAAGUGAAAUGAAACUAAUGUGUGCUCAUGAGUUAGAGUUGAAGAUCAUUUUUCACUCUUCCGAAUUGUAAAUCAACAAGUAAGCAACUUUGGACGCCGAAGAGACGCGGAAAGGAUGAGCCCUGGCAUCAAAGAGACAAACGGCCUGAGUCUCCCUGAAGCAUACAAGGCCAGCUUGGAGCAGCACAUUGAACAGGGAGGCUGGAGCCUGAUCUGUCGAGAUGAGGAGCUCUGCAAGCACAUUGAGGACAUCCUCAUGGGACAGAGCUCCGAUGACUGCUACCUCACCCACGGCCUGGACGUGCUCUCGUUCAUGGAGGAGUCACUCCGCUGCCCAGCCACAGCCAGGGCUGGACUGAAGGGGCUGGCCAGGGCUUUUGAGGUGCUGGAACUUGCCUCUCUCAACCUCUACCUGUAUCCGUGGAGGAAGGAGUACAGAAUAAUCAAGACCUACUCUGGCAUGUUCACACACCAUGUCAGGCCAGCUUUGUCCAUGGAGCAGGUGGAAGAGCUGUUCGGUCUGCUGGGCUACCGUGUCUCAGUUGGGGCCAGUGGAGAGUGGGAGCUGUGCCUGGGCACAUCACCCGUGCGGCCAGACGAUCUUCUUAGCCUGGCCUGCAGCUUCUUCACCGCCCGCUGUGAGUGCCAGCUGCUGCUCUCUACGCUGGAGUCCCUGAGUCGGCCCCAGGUGCGGGCGUCUGAGUGGGAGCUGAGGCUGGUGCAGGAGAGACGCAGAGGCCCCAGCCUCCAGGUGGCGCUGCAGAGUGUCCAGAGAAGCCUGGGAGUCCACAUGCGGUCUAUCAAGGAGGUCUGCUGCGACGCUUCAGAAGUGGAUGAGGACUUGUACACAGGAGAGGGAGAUGGUGGAUCCAGAAGUCCCGAGGCUGUGGGGGUGACCGUUCAAUCCGAAGGUUCCCGCCGCCAUCUCAAACAGGCCCACAGCAGCCCUGUGCUCUGCACCGGUGAGGCGCCUUCGCAGACACGUCUGUGUAGGUCCACCCUGAACUACCGGCUCUCCUCCCCAUCUUCGCCAGGUGGAGGGGCCAGGCCUGAGCCAACCAGCCCAUUUGAGGAGCAGACGUUUCAGAGUACCGGCAGUGCCACACCCGGUGUUUCUCAAAAGCCCCUAGAGGUGUGUAGCUGUGUGGAGUCUGGAAACCGCUACAACUGCUUGUGUCAACAGUGCAAUAUUCUCCAUUGCACGUCCUGUGCUGUCCUCGACUACUGCCGAGAUCGAGGACACGACAUAUCCUUCAGCACUGAGGCAUUCUUGCCAGAGGCAGCCGAAAGUGAGACAAAACAUAUCAAACUCAUGAGUCCUAAGGACAAGCGCUCCCCACCUGGGUUUCCAGAAAGGCACUUUUGUCUAGAGGGCACAGAUAAACCGCAUGUCACCUGCCGCACUUGCCGACGUGCCCACGACUGCCUGUGCGAGGAUGGGCAACGCUGUGCCCAGGAAAACCACGACGUGGAGUACCAGCUGGAGCCCAACAAGUCCAUGCCUUUCCAUCAGUGCUGCACCUCUACCUGGACCCAUCCCCAGUUCGCCUGCCUAAAUUGCCAGAUCUUUCAUUCUGCCUCCUGCCUCGACGGAGCUUCCUGUAAACGGAAAACACACAGUGUGCGCGAACUGAGGGAUGUGUGUGAGUUGUGCUCUCUCGCUACUGAGUUUCUGUGCAGGCACUGCUGUGCCCAAUUCUGCAAAGAGUGCUGGUAUAAGAGCCCUUUGCAAUGUCUCUGUGGAAACCCCUUUGACUACCCGGGUUCUCCGGUGUGACUUGUUGUUUAAAUGGCUGUACCAGUCUUCUCCAGCACAGUGGCCUGUGCAUCUUCACCUUUAUCAAUGCUGCCUUUGAAGUAUUCCUCAAACUAUAGGAAGUCUCACAGGGAAGAUUAGAGGACUGGAUAAAAGGAAACUAGUUUGAACUUUUCAAGCACUUUUACACCCAUAUAUACCAAAGUGAUACUAACUUGUUUUGGAUGUGUAUGUUUAUAUAUUUUCUUCUUUCACAUUUAUUAGUGUUUCUUGCAGGCUACAUUUCUAAGACAUUCUCUCAAGUAUGUAGUGAAAACCUCUUUUGUCUUCCAAAGAUUUGUGAUAUCAACAGGGGGCUGUGGGUGAUAGUUUCACUUCAAAUUUAAAAUCCAUUAAAUUGAAAGAGAGAACUAAGGAGCAAGAUGGUUUGUGGUGGGGGUUAGAAACAUACAUUGUUACUAGAUGCAGAAUGAUACCUGAAUUUUUUUUCCUGGUGCUUGUAAGGAAAAUAUCUGUUUGAGUAUGGAUUUGAUGUAUUUUCAUCCCAUUCUUUUGGAGAUCUCACUGGGUAAAGAAAGGUCUUCUAGACUCUUAAAAGCCAUUGAUUGCUUUCUCUCUGAUGUAUUUGUUUGCUGUUGCAAGACACAAAUGUAAACAAAGUCUUUUAUUCUUAUGAACACACACACAUGUACUGACACAUUAUGUUCAGCAAUUGCACCACAAUUGGAUAGCAGUCAAUUCAGUCAUACAGUGCAUACUCAUUUGCAGAUCGCUGUUAAAUAUGAUGAUCCUCUCUGUGACAAAAAAUGCACCUCUGUUGACAACAUUAAAGGAGAAAUACGGCGA